CAGACGACGCGGAAUAAUUUUAUAAAUGACAUCAAAAAGAAAUAGAUCGGAAUAUACUUUCCGACGCUUAAGUUGAUUUAACUUGUAUAACUGAUGUUAUAAAAAAUUAUAUUGCUUGUUCGGAAGUUGCUUUACAUAGAUUCUUGGAGUAUGGAGUCUCAGUGAGGAUAAACAUGUCGUUACUACCAGGAGCACUAGCAGCACAAUUAGAGGCAUCUGCUGGCUUGGUUCCCUCUUCCCAUGACCUUUUUGGGAAGCUUGGACCUGGUGGCACACCUCAGAGGGCCAGACGCAGAAGCACAGUGGGAAAUGUCCUAAACACUACUGAAACCAUUAGGGAGAAACAGGCACGAGCUAGGGAGGCAAGAGAACUCAGAAGAACUUAUAUCACCCCAGUCCAUAAGUACUUUCUUACUUUAGUUGGUAAUCACCUCAACUUAGGUGUUGAUGCAGUCGAGGAAUUUGUUCUGGACUCGGAAAGGAACAUAACUAUUUUUGAGUCCUUCAUUAAAAAGGAUGGUAGUAAAUGCCUGAAAUUUUACUACCAAGAGGCUUUGAUGCCGAGUCUUGAAGAAUGUGGUCGUGUGAUAACUGGUGUUCCUAAGGGAACCGCCCUACACCGACUUUUCAUCACAUCUGGAUUGGGUGAGAAACUUACUGGAACCUGCAUCUACUUCACAAGGAUCAAGACAAGCACAAGCUUGACUACGAAGAAUGUUGCAGAGGAGACAAACUUUGGUGUUCUGGAAAUGAAAGAAAGCCCUGGCAUACUGAGCAUGUAUGAGAAGAUACUGGCCAAAGUCUAUCUGCCCAUGUUGAUGGCUCAGAAAAACUGGGGAGAGCUGAGUCAGACUCCAUCUGGGCGCAAGAUUGUGGAGCAGUUCCUUGAUAAGAUGUCAGGCUUUGUCUCCUACCUACACAGUGCUGAGGCAAAUGCUGGGGAAGGUACAAGGCUGCAGGACUAUGAAGGUGACAAGAUAAAUCUUGCUUGUGUGAGGAACAUAACUGACUGCAUACAGCACUCUUCUAACCCGGAUGUUGUAGCUGACCUGGAGGACCUAGCCACUGUUUGGUGUAAACAAAUAGAACAGAUACUUGCUGAGAGCGACCAGAUGCGUAAGGAGGCAGAUGAUACGGGACCGCUGGCAGAGCUUGAUCACUGGAGGCAGCUGAUGGCACGGUUCAACGCCUUGCUGGACCAGAUCAAAGGUCACCAGUGUCACAUGGUCAUCAACAUCCUCAACACCGCACGGUCCAGGGUCAUGAAGAAAUGGAAAGAGCUAGACAAGCGAAUAACAGAUAAUGCAAAUGAGGCAAAGGACAAUGUUCGGUUUCUCUACUCAUUGGAAAGAUACUGUGAGCCACUUUACAGAAGAGACCCUGUUUCCAUGCUGGAGUGUCUCGGUGGACUGCUGAAUGUCAUCAGGAUGAUCCACAGUAUUUCAAGACACUACAACACAAAUGAAAGAAUGACCUCACUCUUCAUAAAGGUGACUAAUCAGAUGGUGACAGCUUGUAAACUGUUCAUUGUGAACAACAGCACAGAGAGGAUCUGGGACAUGGAACGCCAGCCUCUAAUGGAGAAGCUUCAACACUGCUGUAACCUCUACAAGUCAUAUCAAGACCACUUCCAGAAAACAAAGCAUGCCAUUGAAAAUUCACCAGGAGAAAAACACUUUGAGUUCUCUGAAAUGUCCAUUUUUGGCAAGUUCGAAACGUUUUGCAAACGUCUGGAAAAGAUCAUCACUCUGUUGAGGUAUAUUGAGAACUUCAGCACAUUGGCAGGCUCAAAGAUCGAAGGUUUGGAACCAUACUCCACCAGGUUUAUACAAAUCUUCACCAGUAUCAAGAAAAAGCCGUAUGAUGUCCUUGAUCAAAGAAAAAUUGAGUUUGAUCAGGACUAUGAUGAGUUCAAAAAACAACUUGCAGAACUAGAGAUUGGCAUUGAAAAAUUCAUGAACAACAGUUUCAAGAAGAUAGCUUCAACACUGCAGGCAUUAGAGAUGGUGGAGAAGUUUGAAAAGCUGAAUAUUCCCAGACUGAACAUUGAACAAAAGUAUUCAACCAUCUUUGUACAGUAUGGCGUGGAAGUUGAAGACAUGAGAAAAUUGUACCAGAGACUAAAGGAGGAGCCUGUGGUGCCUAGAAACAUGCCACCAGUCUCUGGGAGGAUCACCUGGUCUCGACAACUGCUGCAAAGAAUUGUUGACCCCAUGGAGAUAUUCAUGGCUCAUCCAACAUCCUACCAAGGUGGAGGAGAUGAAUCAAAGAAAAUUAUCAAGAACUACAACAGGAUGGCUAAAGUACUGAUUGAAUUUGAACUCCUGUUCCAUGAUGCUUGGAAGAAGUCUGUAGAAGUCUGCACCAACAAUCUUCAGGUGCCAGUGCUGAUCAAGCACCCAACUACAGAGCAGCUGAUGACCAACUUUGACCCAUACAUAUUUGAGGUGAUCAAGGAGUCAGAGUACAUGAUCAAACGGGACCUCGAGAUACCAGAGGCUGCAAAAGUCCUCAUUCACUCUAGUGAGAAGCUGAAGUCUUACCAUGAACGCAUGCAGAUGUUGCUUGCUGACAACAAAGAGAUAAGGAACUCCAUUCCCCCAAUCUUUCUGACACCACUUGGUCCAAUUCUGAGGAAGGUUGACAGUGCUUUGAGGCCAGGAUUGUAUGCCCACACUUGGACAUCGCUCAGUCUGCCAACAUUCUUCAAAAAUGUAUCUGAUGCUUUGAGGGAUCUACAGAUUGUUGUGAAAAUGGUGAAUGACAUCAAGGUGACAAGGAUUGAUUACAUGCUGAAAGAGAUCAGUGAGACCAUGCUCUGUGACCUGCCUGAGAGGUCACCAUGGAGUGUGCAGACAUUCAUCGCCAAUAUGGAGUCCUACUCAGAACAGUGUGCCCUGGAAUUGAACAAGAUGAGUCAGUCGGUGGCGGAUGCAGUCACAGAGUUGGUCACAAUCUUCACACACAGGGCACAGGCAAACAACACAUCUACUGAGGAAGCAGAGCCUAGCCAAUCUGAUGCAACAUCAGUCUCAGUACCAGUGCCUGGAUGGACUACUGAAAGUGUAGUUGCUGAAGACGAUGUGAGUGAUGAGCAGAUAAUAAAGGCAGCGUGUGAAGAGCUGAAUGAGCAUUUCAAACACAGGCUGGUGGAGUCACUUCUGAGAGCCACAAGAUAUUCAUUGGAUGCCAUGCGCAAGAGAUUCUUCUCAAGGGCCAAUGCUUUGCAUCAUUUUGAUGACAGCGUUGGAGGAAACAAUGACAACAGAAUUCCAUUCUUCACAGCAGACAUCACUCUGUCUAUCCCAAAUGUGGUGAUGCAGCCAAGCCUGGACGAUCUCCAGCAGGCACUGAACAAGGCCUGCCAACUGGUUGUUGAUGUGUCCAAGGGUCUCCACCAGUGGGGACAGGACAGGAGCCUGAUUGACAUGUACCCUGGAUCAGCCAGGAGGAAGUCUGUCGAGGAAUCCGCAUUUCCUAACGAGCGUACAAUCAAGAACUACUACAAGAGUGUUGCAGAGAACAAGGAUGUGUCCAAGUACGUGAUGAUGAUGUCCUCUGCUGUCUCCUCCCUCAAGUCAGAGGUGCUCGAGGCUCUACAGAGGUACUCGGACUACGCCUUCCUGUGGGAGAAGGAUCGCCUGGAAGCCGUCAAGGAGUUCUUGGCAGACAAACCAAUACUGUCUGAGUAUAAGGGCAAAGCAAACAUGUUUAAGAAACUGGAAGCCAACAUAGAUGACAUUGACACAUCCAAAAUUGUGGGACCUAUUGAACUUUUUACAGAGUCUCUGAAACUGGCAUUGAGAGUUGAGAUCAAACAAUGGAAACUGUUAUUUGGACGUGAGCUGAACUCCACUUACAAGUCCAAGAUGGAGGAUAUCCUACUAUUCAUUGAUGACUACAGCAAGCGACUGAGUCGACCAAUACGGGACCUGGACGAUGUGCGUCAGGCCAUGACAGCAAUGGCAAAUAUACGAGAACACCAGAUACACAUGGACAUGUCUCUUGGGCCAAUUGAGGAGUCGUAUGCAAUGUUGAAUGACUUUGGGGUGACCAUUCCCAAAGAGGAGAAUGACAAGGUUGACACACUCCGAUACUCAUUCCAGAAGCUCAUAUUCAUGUCCAAUCAAGUUCAAGAUGACCUGGUGAUUUUGCAACCUGGCUUUAAGAAGGAACUUCUUACCUCUGUUAAGAUCUUCCAAAAAGAUGUGAAUGACUACACUGUCAAUUAUGAUAAGGAUGGUCCAAUGGCAGAUGGUAUAUCCCCUGUUGAGGCUAAUGACAGAUUACAAGUGUUCCAGAGCCAGUUUGAUGAACUGUGGACCAAGUUCAGCAUCUACAAUGCGGGGGAGCAGUUGUUUGGUCUCAUGACGAUCGACUACCCCUCACUGAGUCGCAUCAAGAAAGAACUCAACCUGCUGCAAAAGCUGUAUGGGCUAUAUGGGUCUGUCAUGACUAGCAUCAAUGGAUACUUUGACAUUCUCUGGACAGAGGUGGAUAUUGAAAAAAUCAACCAGGAGUUGGGCGAUUUACAAAACAGAUGUCGACGUCUACCAAAGGGCGUUAAAGAAUGGCAAGCUUUCCUGGAACUGAAGAAAAAGAUUGAUGAUUUCAGUGAAACUUGUCCACUACUGGAACUCAUGGCUAAUAAAGCAAUGAAGGAACGUCACUGGCAGAGAAUGGCCAAUCUGACAGGUCAUACAUUUGACUUUGACUCUGAGAAUUUCACUCUAAGGGACAUCAUGAAGGCACCACUGCUCAAGUACAAGGAGGAUAUUGAGGAUAUUUGCAUCUCCGCUGUGAAAGAAAAGGACAUUGAAGCCAAGCUCACUCAAGUGGUUACCGACUGGAAUGCCAGAAAUCUUAGCUUUGCCAACUUCAAGGCAAGGGGGGAGCUGCUUUUGAAGGGAGGAGAAACCUCAGAGAUUGUUGCAUUUCUAGAAGACUCGCUCAUGGUUCUGAGUUCAUUGCUUAGCAACAGGUACAAUGCCCCUUUCAAGAAGAAGAUCCAGGAAUGGGUAGGGAAGCUGUCCAACACCACAGACAUUCUGGAGAACUGGCUCAUAGUACAGAACCUCUGGGUCUACCUAGAGGCUGUCUUUGUUGGGGGAGAUAUUGCAAAACAACUACCACAGGAAGCCAAGAGGUUCCAGAACAUAGACAAGUCCUGGAUGAAGAUCAUGGUGCGCGCUCAUGAGAUCCCCAACGUGGUGCUGUGCUGUGUGUCUGAUGAAACAAUGGGCCAGUUGCUGCCACAUCUUCUAGAACAGCUGGAGCUCUGUCAGAAAUCUCUCACUGGGUACUUGGAAAAGAAGCGACUGGUGUUUCCAAGAUUUUUCUUUGUGUCUGAUCCUGCUCUCCUUGAGAUAUUGGGACAGGCCAGUGAUUCACACACUAUCCAGUCACACUUGCUGGGAGUGUUUGAAAAUGUCAAUGGGGUGCAGUUCCAUGAGAAAGAUUAUGACAGAAUCUUAUCUGUCAUCUCCAGAGAGGGGGAGAAAAUAGUGUUGGAGAAUCCAGUGAUAGCUAAAGGUAAUGUGGAACUGUGGUUGGGAGAGCUUCUCAAGGAGAAGAUGAAGUCCCUGCAUGGUGUCAUAAGAGAUGCCUUCAGGACCAUCAACAAUGAGGGAUUUGAACUGCUUGGAUUUCUCAACAACUUCCCUGCACAGGUGGGACUGCUGGGUAUUCAAAUGAUCUGGACGCGUGAUGCGGAGGAAGCCCUCACUCAGGCCCGCACUGACAAAAAGAUCAUGCCGACCACCAACCAGCGCUUCCUUGACAUCCUCAACAGGCUCAUUGACCAGACCACACACGACCUUACCAAGGUGGAGAGAGUCAAGUAUGAAACUCUCGUCACCAUACACGUGCAUCAGCGAGACAUCUUUGAUGAUUUGACCAAAAUGCACAUCAAAUCACCAACAGACUUUGAGUGGUUGAAACAAGCCAGGUUUUACUUUAAAGAAGACACAGACCAAUGCAUUGUUCAGAUUACUGAUGUAGACUUCAUCUACCAAAAUGAAUUUCUGGGUUGUACAGACAGACUUGUCAUCACUCCUCUUACAGACAGAUGCUACAUCACUCUAGCCCAGGCCCUCGGCAUGUCUAUGGGAGGAGCCCCAGCCGGACCUGCGGGGACAGGCAAGACAGAGACCACUAAGGACAUGGGGAAAGCACUGGGCAAAUAUGUGGUGGUCUUCAAUUGCUCAGACCAAAUGGAUUUCAGGGGAUUGGGCAGAAUCUACAAAGGUUUGGCCCAGUCCGGUUCUUGGGGUUGCUUUGAUGAGUUCAACCGUAUUGAGCUGCCAGUGCUGUCUGUGGCGGCCCAGCAGAUCUACAUAGUGCUCACGGCCAAGAAAGAUCGCAAGAAGGAGUUUGUCUUCACUGAUGGGGACCAGGUGGAACUCAAUCCAGAGUUUGGGCUGUUCUUGACAAUGAACCCAGGUUAUGCUGGUCGACAGGAAUUGCCAGAAAACCUGAAAGUGCAGUUCAGAACUGUGGCUAUGAUGGUUCCUGACAGACAGAUCAUUAUGAGAGUGAAGCUUGCUUCUUGUGGUUUCCUGGAGAAUGUCAUUCUUGCCCAGAAAUUCUACACUCUCUACAAAUUGUGCGAAGAACAGCUUUCAAAACAGGUGCACUAUGACUUUGGUUUGCGUAACAUCCUGUCAGUGCUGCGAACACUUGGUGCCAACAAGAGAGCCAGACCUACCGAUACAGAGAGCACAAUUGUCAUGAGAGUUCUGCGAGACAUGAACCUGUCCAAAUUGGUUGAUGAGGAUGAGCCAUUGUUCAUGUCACUGAUUGCUGACUUGUUCCCUGGCAUCACACUGGACUCGGCUACCUACGCUGAGCUGCAGGUGGCUAUCUCCAACCAAGUGGAUGCGGCAGGUCUCAUCAACCAUCCAUCUUGGAAUCUCAAACUUGUACAGCUGUAUGAGACCCAGCGUGUGCGUCAUGGAAUGAUGACCCUUGGCCCCAGUGGAGCAGGCAAGUCUUGCUGUAUCAACGUGCUCAUGAAGUCCAUGAGUGACUGUGGGGCGCCUCACAGGGAGAUGAGAAUGAACCCAAAGGCAAUCACUGCUCCGCAGAUGUUUGGAAGACUGGAUGUGACAACCAAUGACUGGACGGAUGGAAUCUUCUCUACACUCUGGAGAAGGUCCUUGAAAGCAAAGAAAGGUGAACACAUCUGGAUAGUUCUUGAUGGACCAGUAGAUGCCAUCUGGAUUGAGAACCUCAACUCAGUGCUUGAUGACAACAAGACCCUCACCCUUGCCAAUGGGGACCGUAUCCCCAUGGCACAGAACUGCAAGAUCGUCUUUGAGGUGCACAACAUUGACAACGCCUCCCCUGCCACUGUCUCCAGGAACGGCAUGGUGUUCAUGAGCAGCUCUGCCCUGGACUGGAGACCAAUCCUGCAGGGCUGGUUGAAGACUAGGACUAUUCAGGAAGCUGAUGUACUGUAUGGAUUCUUUGAUCGCAUGUUUGAAGAUGUGUACAGAUAUGUGAACCUGAGUCUCAUCAAGAAAAUGGUUGUCCUGGAGUGUAACCAAAUAAGACAGGCCACUGACCUGUUGGAAGGGUUAAUUCCCAAGCGUGAUGACAAGAGCACGCUGCCUGCAGCACACCUGGAGAAGCUCUUCAUAUUUGCCCUCAUGUGGAGCCUGGGUGCACUGCUUGAGCUGGAAGACAGGGCCAAAAUGGAGAAGUUCAUGGUGGAACAUGAGAGCAAUCUCUGCCUACCACCUGUCAGAAAUGAUGAGACCAUUUUUGAAUAUCUUGUUGAUGAAAAAGGUGAAUGGAUCCACUGGAAGCAACGUGUAGAAGAGUAUGUGUACCCAAGUGACAGUGUGCCAGAAUUCUACAACAUUCUUGUGCCCAAUGUGGACAAUGUCCGUAACAACUUCCUCAUAGACACCAUUGCUAAGCAAUAUAAGGCUGUGUUGCUGAUAGGAGAACAGGGUACAGCCAAGACUGUCAUGAUCAAGGGUAACAUGGCCAAGUAUGAUCCUGACCUGCAUCUCAGCAAGAGCUUUAACUUCUCCUCUGCAUCCACACCAAUGAUGUUUCAGAGAACCAUUGAGAGCUAUGUAGACAAGCGCAUGGGCAGCACCUAUGGGCCACCUGGUGGACGCAGAAUGACUGUGUUCAUUGAUGACAUCAACAUGCCCAUCAUCAAUGCCUGGGGAGAUCAGGUGACAAAUGAAAUCACUCGCCAAAUGAUGGAGAUGCAUGGUAUGUACAGUCUUGACAAGCCUGGGGACUUCAUUUCUAUAGUGGACCUCCAGUUCAUAGCAGCCAUGAUUCACCCUGGUGGAGGAAGGAAUGAUAUACCUGAGCGCUUGAAGAGACAAUUCUGUAUCUUCAACUGUACCCUUCCCUCAAACAACUCUAUUGACAAAAUCUUUGGCAUAAUAGGCUGUGGAUACUUCUGUUCUUCAAGAUUCAACGAGGAUGUGGUGGGACUUGCCAGCCUGCUUGUCCCUGCUACAAGAGUUCUUUGGCAGGCCACCAAGGUGAAGAUGCUACCAACACCUUCCAAGUUUCACUAUAUCUUCAAUCUGCGUGAUCUAUCUCGUAUCUGGGAAGGCAUGCUGAAGAUCGCUGGAAAUGAAUGUCAGAAUAAGAAGACCAUGCUAGGACUCUGGAAGCAUGAGUGUACCAGAGUCAUUGCUGACAGGUUCACCAACUCAGAUGACAAAAAGUGGUUUGAGAAUGCCCUCACAAAUGUGUGCCACAACAUUAUUGGAGAGCCUUACCUGACACACCUGCCCAGUGAGCCUUUCUUUGUGGACUUUCUCCGUGACGCUCCAGAACCAACUGGACAGGAGGCUGAGGACGCCGAACUGGAAGCUCCAAAGAUCUAUGAAGCUGUUGAAGACCUAGAGAUGCUGAAUGAAAGGUUAAAGAUGUUUAUGCAGCAAUACAAUGAAACAGUGCGUGGUGGAAUCAUGGAUCUUGUGUUCUUCAAGGAUGCCAUGGUCCAUCUUAUAAAGAUCAGUCGUAUCAUUCGAACACCCCGUGGCAAUGCUCUGCUAGUGGGUGUUGGUGGUUCAGGAAAGCAGUCUCUUACUCGCCUGGCCUCCUUCAUUGCUAGCUAUAAGAUGUUCCAGAUCACACUUAGCAGAACUUACGGUAUCAACAACCUGAUGGAUGACCUCAAAUACCUAUAUCGGGUGGCUGGAGCAGAGGGAAAAGGCAUCACCUUCAUCUUCACUGACAAUGAAAUCAAGGAUGAAUCAUUCCUAGAGUACCUUAACAAUGUGCUCAGUUCUGGAGAGGUGUCAAACCUGUUUGCUAAAGAUGAGCUGGAUGAGAUCACACAGGAGCUGAUCGGUGCAAUGAAGAAAGAUUUCCCUCGGCGUCCACCUACCACUGAGAACCUCUAUGACUACUUCAUAUCACGAGCUCGCAACAAUCUUCACUGUGUGCUCUGCUUCUCGCCUGUGGGGGAAAAGUUCAGGAACCGUUCUCUCAAGUUCCCUGGCCUGAUAUCUGGCUGUACCAUGGACUGGUUCAGUCGCUGGCCCAAGGAUGCACUUAUUGCCGUGUCCAAUCAUUUUCUCUCCACUUUCAAUGUUGUCUGCUCAGACGAAAUCAAGUCACAGCUUGUCAACACCAUGGGAGUUGUGCACGACAAUGUGGCUUUAACUUGCCAGAAUUAUUUCCAGAGGUUCCGUCGUCAAACACAUGUUACCCCUAAAUCCUACUUGUCGUUCUUGGAUGGGUACAUUGUCUUGUACAAACAGAAGUAUGAUGAGAUUGGAGAGCUAGCAGCUCGCAUGAACACAGGUCUUGAGAAACUGAUAGAAGCAAGUGCCUCUGUAGACAAGCUCUCUAAGGAACUUGUCGUGAAAGAAAAAGACUUGGCAGUUGCAAAUGUAAAAGCUGACAAGGUGCUUGCAGAGGUGACAGCCAGUGCUACAGCAGCAGAGAAAGUGAAGGCAGAGGUACAGAAGGUGAAGGACAAGGCACAGCACAUUGUGGACGAUAUCAAUAAGGAGAAGUUGUACGCAGAGACCAAACUGGAGGCAGCCAAGCCUGCACUCAUGGAGGCUGAAAGAGCUUUGCAGACCAUAAAAGCGUCUGACAUUGCCACAGUGAAGAAGCUGGGUAAACCGCCACAUCUGAUCAUGCGCAUCAUGGACGCUGUUCUCAUUCUGUUCCAAAAGAAGAUAGACACAGUCACUGCUGAUCCAGAGAAGCCUUGCCCUAAACCAUCAUGGAGUGAAUCUCUCAAGCUGAUGAGUGGCUCAGGUUUCCUGCAGAGCUUGAUCGCCUUUCCUAAGGACACGAUCAAUGGAGAGACAGUGGAGCUGCUGGAGCCAUAUCUCCGUAUGGAGGACUAUAACAUGGAGACCGCCAAGAAAGUCUGCAGCAAUGUUGCUGGACUGCUGUCCUGGUCUACUGCUAUGGCCUUCUUCUAUGGCAUCAACAAGGAAGUGCUGCCACUUAAGGCUAAUUUAGCUGUUCAAGAGGCAAGAUUAGGUGUAGCAUCUGCUGAAUUGAACAAAGCUCAAGGGCAGUUGGAUGAAAAACAGAAAGAACUGGAUGCAGUACAAGCAUUGUAUGAUGCUGCAAUGAAAGAAAAGCAGGAACUAAUGGAUGAUGCCCAGUCUUGUAAGCGCAGGAUGGUGGCUGCGUCUGCACUCAUUGGUGGUUUGGCUGGAGAGAAAACUCGCUGGACUGAACAGAGCAAGCAGUUCAAGUCACAAAUUGACAGGCUGGUAGGGGACGUGCUGCUGUGCACAGGUUUCCUGUCAUACUCUGGGCCAUUUAACCAGGAGUUCCGCAACAAGCUCAUCUCCAACUGGCAGAAGGAAAUGUUCAACAGGCGCAUCCCAUUCACCACAGAUCUCAACCUGAUCAAUAUGCUGGUGGACAACGCCACUGUUGGUGAAUGGAACAUUCAGGGUCUGCCAAAUGAUGACCUGUCUGUACAGAAUGGUAUUAUCACUACCAAGGCCACCAGAUACCCUCUGCUGAUAGACCCACAGGGCCAGGGAAAGAACUGGAUCAGGAAUAGGGAAAAGGAACGUGAAUUACAGUUGACAUCUCUAAACCACAAGUAUUUCCGCUCCCACCUUGAGGAUUCCUUGUCACUGGGUCGCCCAUUGUUGAUUGAGGAUGUAAUGGAGGAACUAGAUCCAGCCUUGGAUAACGUGCUCGAGAAAAACUUCAUUAAGUCCGGAUCUACAUUCAAGGUGAAAGUUGGUGACAAGGAAUGUGACAUAAUGAAGGGUUUCUAUUUAUACAUCACCACCAAGUUGGCCAACCCAGCAUACACACCAGAGGUGAGUGCCAGAACAUCCAUUAUAGACUUUACAGUCACCAUGAAGGGCCUGGAAGACCAACUGCUUGGCAGAGUUAUACUCACAGAGAAACAGGAAUUAGAGGCUGAAAGAGUGAAGCUGAUGGAGGAUGUCACAGCUAACAAGCGCAAGAUGAAACAACUGGAGGACAAUCUGCUGUACAAACUCACCAGUACAAAGGGUUCCCUAGUGGAUGAUGAGUCCCUGAUCACUGUACUGGCAGUAACCAAGGUGACUGCUGCAGAGGUCAGUGAAAAACUCACUGUAGCAGCAGAGACUGAAAUCAAAAUCAAUGAGGCCAGAGAAGAAUUUAGGCCAGUUGCUACAAGAGGAAGUAUCCUGUAUUUCUUGAUGUGUGACAUGACUAUAGUCAACAGAAUGUACCAGACAUCAUUGGUACAGUUCCUGGGAAUAUUUGAUCUGUCCAUGGCAAGAUCUGACAAGAACCCUGUUCCUACAAAAAGGAUACAAAACAUCAUUGACUACCUCACCUACGAGUCCUUCCGCUACACUUGUCGAGGACUGUAUGAGUCACACAAGUUCCUGUUUGUACUUCUGAUGACAUUAAAGAUUGACCUCCAACAGGGCAAAGUCAAACAUGAUGAAUUUCAGACUUUCAUCAAAGGUGGUGCUGCCCUGGACCUGAAUGCGGUCACCCCCAAGCCUGCCAAGUGGAUCUCAGACAUGACCUGGCUCAACCUGGUGCAGCUCAGCUCCCUGGCCCAGUUUGCAGAGAUCCUCAACCAGGUGACACGCAAUGACAAGGGCUGGAGGGCCUGGUUUGACACGGACGCUCCAGAAGAAGAGAUCAUGCCUGACGGAUAUACAACUGCCCUGGACUCCUUCAAGAAACUCUUGCUUAUACGGAGCUGGUGUCCAGACAGGACAGUUCCACAGGCGCGCAAGUACAUCAGUGACAGCAUGGGGCCCAGGUACGCCGAGGCCGUGCUACUCAACCUUGAGGACACGUGGGCUGAGAGCAUUACACGCACACCACUCAUCUGCUUCCUGUCCAUGGGAUCGGACCCCACCAACCAGAUUGAGGGACUCGGCAAGAAGAAACAACUCGAGUUCAGAGCUAUAUCGAUGGGCCAGGGACAAGAAGUGCAUGCCAGGAAGCUCAUAACUGCUUUCAUGCAAAGUGGAGGCUGGGCACUUCUACAGAACUGUCACCUGGGUCUGAACUUCAUGGAUGAGUUACUGGACCUGCUGAUGGAGACCCCCCAGAUACAUGACGACUUCCGUGUGUGGAUAACCACUGAGCCACACAACCACUUCCCCAUCAGUCUACUACAGUCCUCUCUGAAGUUCACCAAUGAGCCUCCACAAGGUAUCAAGGCGGGUCUGAAGAGAACAUACGCUGGUAUCAGUCAAGACUUCCUCGAUGUGAACGCUAUGCCCAUGUGGAAGCCUCUCUUGUAUGGUGUCUCUUUCCUGCACACUGUUGUACAGGAGCGUAGAAAGUUUGGGCCAUUAGGUUGGAACAUCCCCUACGAGUUCAACUCCUCUGACUGGCAGGCCAGUGUGCAGUUCUGUCAGAACCAUAUGGACGAUAUGGACAUCAAAAAGGGUGUGUCCUGGGUGACUGUGCGCUACAUGCUGGGAGAGGUGCAGUAUGGAGGCAGGGUCACUGAUGACUAUGACAAGAGACUGCUCAAUACAUUUGGAAGGGUGUGGUUUGGGGACUUCAUGUUUGAAGACAAGUUCCAGUUCUAUGAAGGCUACAAGAUUCCAAAGAUCAAGACCUAUGAUCAGGUGAUGCAGCAUAUCGAGCAGUUGCCUUUGGUGGACUCCCCUGAAGCAUUUGGACUACACCCCAACGCUGAUAUCACGUUCCAGACAAACAUGGCCUCAAGUAUCCUGGACACAGUUAUGAGCAUCCAACCCAAGGAGGGUGGGGGAGGGGCAGGAGAGACACGCGAGACUGUUGUCUUCAGAAUGGCAGAGGAUAUGCUGGAGAAACUACCCGCAAACUACGUACCACAUGAGGUGAAGGACCGACUGAAGAAGAUGGGCCAGCUUCAUCCACUGAACAUCUUCCUCAAGCAGGAGAUUGACCGCAUGCAGAGGGUGAUCACGAUUGUCCGAGUCACCCUCAGUGACCUCAAACUGGCCAUUGAAGGCACCAUCAUCAUGUCUGAGGACCUGCGUGACGCACUGGACAACAUGUUUGAUGCCAAGGUGCCCAGCCUGUGGAGGAAGGUGUCCUGGCAGUCUUCCACGCUGGGCUUCUGGUACACGGAGCUGCUAGAGAGGAAUGAGCAGUUCAGUCGAUGGGUGUUUGAAGGCAGGCCUUUUGUCUUCUGGAUGACAGGGCUGUUUAAUCCACAAGGUUUCCUGACUGCCAUGAGACAGGAGGUGACUCGCGCACACAAGGGCUGGGCGCUGGACUCAGUCACACUGCACAAUGAUGUACUGAAGCACAGCAAGGAGGACAUUAUGGGUGCCCCUUCAGAGGGAGUCUUCAUCUACGGCCUAUACCUGGACGGAGCCUCCUGGGACAGGCGCAACUGUCGCCUCACAGAGUCCAAUCCCAAGGUGCUGUUCACUCUGCUACCUGUGGUUCACAUGUACGCAGUCAACUCUACGGCCCCCAAGGACCCCCGCCUGUACCUGUGUCCUGUCUACAAGAAACCCCACAGGACUGAUCUCACCUACAUCACCUUCAUUGUGCUGAAGACCACACAAAAUCCUGACCACUGGAUACUCAGGGGAGUGGCUGCACUCUGUGACAUUAAAUAAGCUCCUUGUUUAUUUAUGUGUACAUGUUAUCAUAUACAUUCUAGUUAUUUCAUUGACAUUAUUUAUUGGUAAAUGUUGAUUUUAAAUACCUCAUUUGUAAAUUUAACUGUUCUUUACUGUUGAAGAAAUAAAAUGUCAAGUUCA